AUGGAUAUUAAAUUCGAGGAACAGUUGAAUGAUGAUCAAUUUAGUAAUGCUGCAGAAAAUAUCAGUACGCCAUCCAUUGAGGAACAUUUACAUGUAAAACAAUCGGCAAAAGAAGAACUCAAUGCUGUAUUUAUGGUGCUUCAUAUGGAAAAAAUACGUGACGACCGCCGACAGAAGAAGAUUCGAGAGCAAGUCGAUAGUGUGUAUCGCUAUAUGCAAUAUCUAUGCGGCUUACUAGAAGAUAAAGAUUUCAAUGAAGUUAUUGAUCCAAACCCUCAUUCAAUUAGUAUAAAUGAAUCGAAUCAAAUUUUACAAGGCGUAAAGGAACUUUUUAAACAAAGUACAUGGCAAGAACAAAUACAUUUAAUGACGAUUGCACCACAUAACUGGGGACGUAUUGAAUUAUCACAAUGGUUUGGAUCAACUGAUCAUCAUGCUCGAGAAGCUAUUUUACUUCGCCAAGACCAAUACGUUUUAGCAUAUCCAGAAUAUUGUCGUGGUAAUAUGACUCUCGCCGAAGAAACGAUUGUGUCGGUGGUUCAAUUCUAUUUACAAGAUGGUGUCAGUCGAAUUUCAUCUAAUACUAAAGAUGUAUUGAAGAUAAAUGGUGAACUUGUACCUGUUCGAUUCAUGGAAAUGCCAAUUCGAGAAGCUCUAAGAACGUUUUAUGAAGAUAAUCCAACAGUCAAGAUCGGAAAGUCAAUAUUUUACUGUAUUAGACUACGUCAAGUCAAAAUAACUUGUCCUCAAGAUACAUGCAUGUGCCAAGUUCAUGAAAAUAUGUAUUUCUUAUUGCAGGCCGGUGGAUUUUUAAUGGACAAGUAA